AUGAAGGACCCCAUCGCCAGGACCGCAUCUCCUUACACUGAUCCCUCUGUCCAAGGCCCAAGGUUCAAGAUUCAAGAAUCCAGAACUGAUUUGCGCAAGAUGAUCUCCAGCAACGUCAACAAGACCGCUUUACACCCUGGCGGUGUUCAGCCUCACCACAACCACACCGAGCUUGAGGAGGAGCUCCACGAGACUGCCCACAUUGACUACGACCGUGUCGCUAUUAUCCCCAACCCCUCAGUGGCCGCUCUCUACGAAGAUGCUCUCGUCUACGAGACGGGUUCCGCCAUCACCUCGAGCGGUGCCCUGACUGCCUACUCCGGAAAGAAGACUGGUCGCUCACCCCUCGACAAGCGAAUCGUCCAGGAGCCGUCAUCAGAAAACGACAUCUGGUGGGGUCCCGUCAACAAGCCCAUGAGCACCGAGGUCUGGAAGAUCAACCGUGAGCGUGCUGUCGACUACCUCAACACCCGCAACCGCAUCUAUGUCAUCGACGGUUAUGCCGGCUGGGACGAGAAGUACCGCAUCCGCGUUCGUGUCAUCUGCGCCCGCGCCUACCAUGCCCUCUUCAUGAGAAACAUGCUCAUCCGCCCUCCUCGUGAGGAGCUGGAGCACUUCCACCCCGACUACACCAUCUACAACGCCGGGUCGUUCCCUGCCAACCGUUACACCGAGGGCAUGACCUCUCCCACCUCAGUCGCCAUCAACUUCGCCGAGAAGGAGAUGGUCAUCCUGGGUACCGAGUACGCCGGUGAGAUGAAGAAGGGAGUCUUCACGGUUCUCUUCUACGAGAUGCCCAUCAAGCACAACGUCUUGACCCUGCACUCGUCCGCCAACGAGGGCAAGAAUGGCGAUGUCACCCUCUUCUUCGGUCUGUCCGGAACCGGCAAGACCACCCUCUCCGCCGACCCCAACCGUGCUCUGAUCGGUGACGACGAGCACUGCUGGAGUGACCGUGGUGUCUUCAACAUCGAGGGCGGUUGCUAUGCCAAGUGCAUCGGCCUGUCCGCCGAGAAGGAGCCUGACAUCUUUGGCGCCAUCCGCUACGGAUCCGUUCUCGAGAACGUCGUCUUCGACCCCGACACCCGUGAAGUCGACUACGACGACUCUACCCUGACUGAGAACACCCGAUGCGCCUACCCCAUCGAGUACAUCAACAACGCCAAGAUUCCCUGCCUGUCAGAAAGCAUGCCCUCCAACAUCAUCCUCCUCACCUGCGACGCCCGCGGUGUCCUGCCCCCCAUCUCCAAGCUGGACCGUGCCCAGACCAUGUUCCACUUCAUCUCCGGAUACACCUCCAAGAUGGCCGGCACCGAGGACGGCGUCACCGAGCCCCAGGCCACCUUCUCCAGCUGCUUCGCCCAGCCCUUCCUUGCCCUGCACCCCAUGCGAUACGCCAAGAUGCUUGCCGACAAGAUCGACCAGCACAAGGCCAACGCCUGGCUCCUCAACACCGGCUGGGUCGGCGCCGGCCACAGCCAGGGCGGCAAGCGGUGCCCCCUCAAGUACACCCGUGCCAUCCUCGACGCCAUCCACUCGGGCGAUCUGGCCAAGGUCGAGUACGAGAACUACGGCGUCUUCAACCUCCAGGUCCCCAAGUCUUGCCCCAACGUCCCCGCCGACCUGCUCAACCCCGAGAAGGCCUGGACGGCUGGUUCCGACAGCUUCCAGAAGGAAGUUGUCAAGCUGGGCAAGCUCUUCCGCGAGAACUUUACCAAGUACGAGAGCGAGGCUACCGAGGACGUUGUCAAGGCUGGUCCUUCGGUGUAA